GCUUCGGGGCCGCCUUGACCUCGGCGCAAGGAGAGAGCGGCGCCGCGCCGCCCACGGGCCAUGCUCUACCGGAGCCAGACCCUCUCCCGUCCGGCCGUGGGAAAAUAAGGAGUCGGAUUGCGAUGUAACAAUCCACGGAUACAUAAGAAAACACUGCGUGCCGGGGCUGCCGUAGCAAGGAUCAGUCGUACUGUCACCGGCUGCAACACGACAUGUAUUUUCUUACAAGCAAUAGCCGACUGAAUGAACAAGUGGUUGAUAAAAUUAUCCUUCAGCUUAAUAGAGUCUACCCCCAAAUUCUUACCAAUACAGAAGCGGAAAAGUUCAGGAAUCCAAAGGCAUCACUCCAUACCAGGCUCUCAGAUCUGAUAAAGCACCUUCAAAAGAAAGGAGAGAGACACUGUCAGGAAUUUUACAGGGCCCUACAGAUCAAUGCUGAACAGCUGUAUGAUGACCUGCCAAGCAGGAAAAUCUUGAAAACCACAGAUUCCGCAGAGAUAGACACUGACAAGGAGAAAUGUAUGCUAAAUGACAGGGGCCCGGUGUUUUUCCUCGCCUGUUUCAGUGCGGCAGCAGGAUUUGCCUUAUUUUGGUAUUGCUGUAACUCAGAUGCAAAAGUCAUAGGAAGAUCCAGGAGAAUCUUGGGUUUUUCUCCUAUUAUCAUAGGAAGACAUGUUAGAAAUAUUUGUAUGUUGUAUUUGGAAGACAUCUCAAGAAAUUAAGGAAAAGCUGCCUCUUCACUUAGACGUCUGUACAGUGUAUCUGCCAAGGGAAGACAACGGUGCAUGAAUAUUAAUGUACUAUACUCUCAUACCAAAGAUUUUCUUAACUAGCUUCAUCAAUAAUUGUGUUGCCUCAAGAUGUAUUCAGAUUUUCAGCUAUAUAUGUCCUUCCUUAUGGGAAUGGACCAUUUAUUUUUGUAAAUGCUUAUUUUAAAAUAUUUAUCAUUUGGAUAAAAGUAUUUUUAAUACAAACUCUGAAAUGAUAUCCUAUCUGAUCAUGGGUUUGAAUAUGUGUAUUUUAUACUGGAAUGAAGGAACACAACUGUUUAAGGAAUGAUAGCCUGUCUUUUAUGGUAAUUAAUUUAAGAAAAGCACUUAAAAAAACCAAAAAGCCAAAAAGAAAAAAAAAAAAACCCACACGCACUCAAAGCCUUAAUAAGAAAUUGAUCUCUAUCUCAGGACUGUCUGUUUUGUCUGGAUCCUUUAUGUCUACUACCUGAGCUCAGGUGGGCCCUGCCUCCUGCAAAGCUUUUCAGUGCCAGUUACCUCUGUAUGCCUAGUCGUACACGUGUCCUUGCCAUGUGUUGUAGUCCUCCUGUUUGUGCAUCCUUCCACCUGCCUUGUUCAGCUUGUGUUUAACUGUUCAUCGUGGUUUGAAUGCGCUGGAGCUUGUGCAGGCCAGCACCCAGCCUGUGAAUGUUCUGGGGGACUGCAACGUCAGAUCUGAAGCACUUGAAAUUACCAAGGAGACUUUUCAGAUUUAGCUUUAUCUUUUCCAAGUGCGGUGGUCUGGGGACUGUACAUCCAAGCAACUGAAGUAAUCUGCAGCAUUUUGCAGGGGCAUCAAAUUGUAACUUUUUUUUUUUAAUGGCCAAAAAUAUGUCUACCUAUUUGGAAAGCUUGAGGUUGCUCAUAAUGCCAUUUUAGUUUUCUGUUUUUCAUCUGUAAGUUGGAACCUGAAAACCUUGCAAAUACCAUCUUCAACAUAUAGAGUAAGAUCAAAGUUCUCGAGGGAGGUCCAGGGAGACAGGGCUGCAAGUUAAGUGUGCAGGGUUUAUGACUCUAACUGUGGUCCUGCCUAGCUCAGUACAAAUGCUGGUGGGAAGUGGCAGUGUAGUUCUUCAGUUGAUUGCUGAAAAGCGUAAGGAAUGUGGGGAGGGGAUGAGGCUGUGUCCCUGUACAUGGUGAAAAAGAUGAUUUGUGUCUCUUCUUUCACUGGAAUGUGAAUUCCAGAUCAAAUUGAAAGCUGUUAAAACUUCUCACGGGAGAAUCCUUCAGUGCAUGCUGCCUUGUGCUGUAGCUGCUACUUAUUCAGGCAACCAUCUCAUGGAAGACUAAGUGAUUUGAAGUGGUUUUCUCAAAACAUUCAGAUUGAAGAUUGCCUUCCAGUUGUAAGCUUCAUUCGUGCUAUAAAAAUGUCAUCAUUUUCUCCCAAGCAAGUCAUCUUGCAGUACCUGUAUUUCUUUCCAGGACAGCUCACCAUAUACAGUACCAAGGCUGUAGUCCAAAAGAAUUGUAUACAGGGCCAAGUUUCCAGAUAAAAGACCUAAAGAAUGUUUUCAAGAAGCAUCUGAGAGAUGAAAGGGCUCAACAACUCCUGAUUUUACUCUUCUGACAAUGUUUCUGCCUCUUGAGUCAGAAGUAAGUCUUGAGAACCCAUAGGGCAGUGUUUUGUGUAGGUGGACAUACCCCAAGAUUUGCAGUGGGCCACGGGGUAUGAUACGCACUUGACAGCUUGAUUGAUGAAACCGUACAAAUGCCAGGUAAACAAAGUAAUACCCAGCAGGGCAUUUUUAGACUUCUUUUCCCCUGUCUGCAUACUACCUUCUCUCGUGUCUCCUUAAUCUAAUCUCCGUGGGAAUCUUAUUAGGGAGAGAACUCUAACAGAGGUGAGAGUAUUUCCUGUUGCAUUGCCAAACGGCUUUGCUGCCUGAGUUGCACCAUGAGCUGCUGCUGUGCUGCCUUCCAUCUUGGGAUGGGCUUUAAUUAUGUCCUGUUGUAUUUGCUGUGCCUUGCCUUAUGUUUAAAAUGUUUUUUUCCUCCAACAAGCCAUCUGCAAUUUAUAGCACUUGGAAUUAACUGUUACUCUCCCCCCUGCUGCUUAAAUCCUAUAAGCAGCACCUUUUAAAGGGGCUAGGAAAAAAUAGCUCUGAAUUCCAAAGGGGUUUUAAAUCUUUGCCUUGAAGCCAAUUCUGAAACAUCAUUACAGGAACAGUAUUCCAUUUUACAUGAAAACAUUAUUCACAAUAUUCUCAAGAGUCACAUUUCAUUUCAAAGCAAAACCAGAGGUCAUGAUACUGCUAGGCAGGUUCCUUCUGCUGGGGUUAUCCAGCACUUCGCCCUUAAAUAACAGGUUGCAAAUUGCUGUGAACUGUUGCUGAAGCCUGCGGAAGCUGCCAGUGCCUUGUCUGAUCUGCAGCAGGAGCAGUGGCUGUGUGGCUGCAUGUGGCCCUCCCACUUCCUUACACCAGGAGGCUUCCUUGAGCCUUGAAAACCAUGGAGAACUGGAAAGUUUGUUGAAGGCUGUGGCUGUAUUUCUUCCUCUUCUGAGGUUGUUUGAGAUGAGGAUGUCUCUUAGGAAAAAUGCCAGGAGAAGCUGUCCCCAGGGCUAGGGCUGGGAGGAAGAACAACUCAGAUUCAUCCCAAUACUAGUGACGACCUGACAGUAAAGAACAGAAAAUGAUCCGUUCCUCUGUCAGUGCUAUUUGUAGUGUAACAAGUGAGGCAAGCUUUAGAACUGUUACGUGCAUAGGUUUGUGUAAUGUGUAGUCUCUGGAGAAAGCAAAGACUUGGUUCCUUUCCCUCCUUUUCCCUGCACUGCCAUAAUCCUUACAAAAGGUUUUGAGAAGUCGGGCAGAGCUUCAGCAGUUGUUUUGUAGUUCUCUGGGGUAGAACAGAGUGCUGCAGGUGAGCCUGUUGGGAGAUAUGCAUUUUCUUUGAAGCUUUUCCUUUCAGGAAUGAAUGCCACAGCUUAAUAUGCUCCUUCACAAGUGUGCAGCAAGUGCAGGCAGAUGAAGUGCUAAUGCUGUACUUAGUUCCUGGAGGAAGUACAUACAUACCUGCCUCGGAGUCAGGUCCUUCUGGGCAAGCACGGGUCUUCAAAAUAAAAUAUGUAGGGCCUGGAUGAGCCUGUAUUGCUGCAGUCUCCCAGGUGCCCUGUCAAGUCAAGCUGUGUUUGCAGCUGUAGCUGUGCUGGUAUUUGGGAGUGUGCUAGCUGUGUGUGGGGAAGUUGUCCUGAAUGUGCAAAAUUCAGUAGGUGGCUGAGUACGCAGAGGAUGGAGGCUGUUCUUGCAAACGCUGUGGUAAACGUACGGUAGACAUAGAGGAGCUAAUAGAAAGCAGUCCUGUUUUCAGCUUAACCUCUCACGUUGUGCAGCUCUGGUUGGAGAAGAAAAAUAUUUGCUUUUCUCCUGCAGCAUUAGAAACAGCAUGGGCUGAGGAGCCCAGCAGUUUGAACAUCUGCAAACAUAGCACUGGGGAAGGAGGUGGGCAGGAGGACUGACAUUUCCAAGGGUGGGAGCAUGCGGGCUCUCAGCAGUGCCCACAGGGCUGUGCCAGCAGGGCUCACUGCAGCUCUGGGGGGACCAACCCCUCGCUGCUGUCCCACUACCAACCCCAAACUCUUCCUUCCUUGCUUUUUCUCAUGAAUGGGCAUUUUGAUUUAAAGCAAAGCUGAACUACCCGCGGUUGUCUCAGCCAUACUGUCCGUGCUGCUGAGGUCACAGCAGGAUUGCUGGGCAGCCCCAAGCAGUGAGCAGGCAGACCGAGCAGCUCAGGCAGGCUGGGCCGGCUGCAUCCCCAGAUCUCAGAGACAAGGUGACAGCUCACACCAUCAGUGUGCACAGCUCCGCGUGCAGACAGCCUGCUAUUUAAAGUGCUUCGGUGCCGGCGAGGGCUCUAAUGAAGUGCUGAUUCACUGCAGGGCACGUGGGGCUGCUCGAUAGCCACUGCUGCAGUGUUCCAAGCUGCCUAGGCAAAGUUGCCUUCCUUAAGUUCUUUCAUUUGUAUUUUUUUUCUUAUACUGUUAUAAAUGGAAAGCAUUAAAGCAUUUGGUUAAAAGCUGCAGUUGCAGAUGCCUUGUACUGCUGUUCUUCAUACACAAAAGUUACUCCGGAAACAUGUCGUGCCUUAGCUGUGUGAUCAAGUGUUGCUGUUACACGAAGAAACAGCAACAGUUUGCUGCACUGCACAGGGCCUGUGUUUUGUAAUCACUUAUCCUCACAUGUCUUCUUUAAUUCUGUAGAAAUUAAUGGCAUUUGUUUCUUUGUAUGUGGUGAAGCUGGCCGUGCAAACUGUAAUAAAGUCUGUACUGAGCAAAGA